GCUUAGCUUCUCUCCCUCGUGGGUUUUCGCUCUCUCUCUCUCACAUACCCAGAGAGAGAUAGAUUUUUUUUUGUUUUCAAACCGACCCACUUCCAAGAGUUCUGGUUUGCUAUAUAGUGAUAAUCCGAAAUUUCCCUUUUGACAAAAAACAAGAAAAAAAAAUGUGGGAUCUCAAUGACUGUCCUGAUGACGAGAUGAUCAUACGAGACGACGAAUCCGAGGGCUGCUCGUCGCAGAAGACCUCCUUCGACGGCGACGACGAGAAGGGAAAGCGGGUCGGAUCCGUCUCCAAUUCUAGCUCCUCCGCCGUCGUGAUCGAGGACGGAUCGGACGGCGAGGACUACGCCGGAGGAAGAGCCAUCAAGAAGCGCGGAGGAAGUUUCGGCAGCAAGCUAUUCGGGUUCUCCAUGACCCACGACGACUCCAUGGACGGUGACCCGCCGGUGACCCGGAACUUCUUCCCCGUCGACGACCCAGAACAGGAAAUGGGCGGCGCCACGUCGGCGGCCGGCGUGGGGCCCGCCGCUGUGGCGUCGUCUUUUCCGAGGGCCCACUGGGUCGGUGUGAAGUUCUGCCAGUCGGAUUCUCUCGGCGCUGGAAAGCCGUCGCCGGAGGUUUCUCAGGCACCGUUGAAGAAGAGCCGGCGAGGACCCAGGUCGAGGAGUUCUCAGUACAGAGGUGUCACCUUUUACCGGCGAACUGGUCGCUGGGAAUCCCAUAUAUGGGAUUGCGGGAAACAAGUUUAUCUCGGUGGAUUUGACACCGCACAUGCAGCUGCUCGUGCAUAUGAUAGGGCGGCUAUUAAGUUUCGUGGAGUGGAGGCUGACAUAAAUUUCAGCCUAGAAGAUUACGAAGAAGACUUGAAACAGAUGAGCAAUUUAACCAAGGAAGAGUUUGUUCAUGUACUCCGACGACAAAGCACAGGAUUCCCUAGGGGGAGCUCCAAAUAUAGAGGCGUCACUUUGCACAAAUGUGGAAGAUGGGAGGCAAGAAUGGGCCAAUUUUUGGGCAAAAAGUACGUGUAUUUGGGCUUGUUUGAUACCGAGGUUGAAGCUGCAAGGGCUUAUGACAAAGCUGCAAUCAAGUGUAAUGGUAAAGACGCUGUCACCAAUUUUGAUCCCAGCAGUUACGAGAAUGAGCUUAACUCAACAGUGGAAUCAUCCGGUAACAUUGCUGCGGAUCACAACCUGGAUUUGAGUCUUGGAAAUUCUACCUCUAAGCAAAGCAUGAGCGGUGCAACUGCAGUUGGGAAUCAGAUUAGCCAAAAUGCUGCAUUGUUGGAACAGCAUUCGGUUCCAAUGCCUUUCGAAACCGAUCAUUGGCGGAAUCCGGGAUUUAGGCCUAAUAAGAUAAACAAUGAUGCUUACAGAAGAGAUGGGUAUUUGGAGAAUGAAACAAUGCAACUUCUGAGCAGAACCCACCUUCAAUCUCCAAAUGCUGGCCAUCAUGAAAUGCAUAGAUUUGGGCAGCAAUUCAGAAGGCCUGGAGAGUCCCAGAUUCCCAACAAUUUCCCACAUCUUCACCCACCAAAUCAUCAUGUACAUUUUCCUAGCAGCAGCAAUGGAGGACGAAUUGGCAGUAGUACACAUGACCAAUUGAGUAAUAGUAGCAGUGCUUGUGAGCGACAAAGAAUGGCGAUUCAGUUCUUCCCUAACUCUGUAUGCAACUGCUGCAGCAUCAUCAGGAUUCCCACCGCUGAUCAAUAGAGAGACUUCUCACAAGAAUUUUGAGUUACUGCAGAGAAAAAGGAAAAAAAAGAAAAAA